GUAAUGAGGUGAAUAAUGGAGGCGAUUUCAACGACCGAUUUAGUUUGCAUUCGGAACAUUUUCAACCGAAAGACGGAGCGAGUGUCUCACUGUAGUUCACCGCCACCUAUCAAAACGGAAGUCACCAGGCAAACGGGGCCCGAGUCUCGUGUCACGGGGAGGGAGACACCGGCACCCCAUGCAUCAACUCGACGAUGGGUCCCUCCAUCUCUAAUACCGUAUCAUGAACUCACACCAGAGGCCCAAAAUGAUGCUACUUUUCGUAAAGUUCGUGGUAUUCUCAACAAACUCACACCUGAAAAGUUUCAAAAAUUGGGUGAUGAUUUGCUAAAAAUUGAUUUGAGUAACUAUGUCAUUUUAAAAGGUGUAAUACAUUUGUUGUUUGAAAAGGCCUUAGAUGAGCCAAAAUAUUCGUCUAUGUACGCACAGUUGUGCAAAAGACUAUCAGUUGAAGCGCCAAUUUUAAAACAAGCCGAUAAUUCAUCCGAAUUUUUAAAUUUAUUAUUAAAUGUUUGUCGCGAUCGAUUUUUGAAUCGUCAAAGUGUGAAUCAUUAUAACCAUGGCCUGUCCACCGCGGAUGCCGAAGAUGACGAAAAGUUGCACAUUGCCAAACAGAAAAUGCUUGGCAAUGUCAAAUUUAUCGGAGAGCUAUACAAACUGGAUAUGUUGCAAGAUAAUAUAUUACACAAAUGCAUUCAACAACUAUUAUGUGACAAGGACAGAUCGAAUACGAUUAAAGACCGUUGUGAGGAUAUGGAAUGUCUCAGUCAGCUUAUUAGAACUUGUGGAAAGGACUUGGAUUCAGAGGAGGGCAAAAAGUUGAUCGAUCAGUACUUUGUGCAGAUAACAAAGUAUUCGCAAAAGUCCGUAUUUCCACCGCGCAUUCGUUUUAUGCUCCGUGAUGUCAUUGAAUUGCGACGUGGAAACUGGGUGCCCAGAAAGGUGACGAACACCGAAGGGCCCGUACCGAUGCAACAAUUGCAGCUAGACGAUGAUUUGUCAUCAUUUGUGAAUCGUAACAAUCAUCGUGACCAACGAAACAACGAUCGUGACUGGUUGAGUAAAUCAUUUGCGAACUCAAAUGAUUUCAACGGAUUGAGCGUUACCAGUCCAUCGCAUUAUUCACACCCUUACCAAUCACCAAUGAACUUUAGCAAUCGAGACUAUCGUGAUGGUGGUUCGGGAGGUGGUUAUCGUCAUAUGAAUCAGCGUAACAACCAAAACAACCAUUCAUACAACAACCAUAAUCGUUAUAAUAAGCACAACAACCAGCAUAACAUGCAGCACAACAAUAUGAUGAAUAACAAAGAGAUGAUGGCUCCCCGAUUGAAACGCAAUCACAUAACUCCAAUACAAGAAAAUGUCGACGACAAUAUAUUCCGGCCGGCCGCAAAUAGUUUAAUUUUCAAAGCUAGCGUAAGCGCAAAAGCAUCACAAAUGCCUUUAGUUCAGCCACGACCGAGCAGUGCAUCAUCCAUUGAAACCGUGUUGCCGACCAUACCAACCGUUAAAAUUCCGCCGGCGGCACCAGUCAACAACAUAUUGAACAAAGAUCAAAUCCUUAUCAAACAAGCAUCUUUGGAGAAACCGAAGCAGAACAAAAAGGACAAGGGUCCGACAAAAGAUGAAAUUCUUGUACGGGUUGUAACAUUCCUAACCGACAAUUUUUUGAAUAAUUUAACCGAAAAUGAACGCAACAUUGACGAUAUAAAAACAUCAUUCCUGGAACUCAAAGUGCCCGACAAAUUCAUGCGCGACGCAAUGACGAAAAUCUUGAAUGAGAUUAUUGACAAAAAUGAGCUCGUCCAUGAUCGAGUCUUUGAGUUUUUGGUCAACUUACGCAAAGACGGAAAAUUGAAUCCGAAUGCCGUUGUCGAAGGUUUCCGAUCGAUCAUCGGCGGUAUGAGCGAAAGUGUUGUACCCCGCAUUGCCACCUUGGUCGCAUCACUGCUAUCGCGGGCAAUUACAUUGAAGCUGUGCAAAAUAAACGAUGUCGCCGCAUUCACCGAAAAUGGUCAACACUAUCCGUUGUGCUUGUUGGUGCUCCAGCAAUUGAACAAAACAAUCGGCAAGCAAGCGUUGACGGACAUGUUCAAUCAAAGCAAAGUUAAUCUUAUGACCACGAUGCCGGAACCGGAUCGAUCGAAAGAGCGCAUGGCCGAAAUAUUGGUGGAUCGAAGCUUGAGUUUCCUCUAUCCACUGCUGAAAUUACAAGGAGAAUUACAGAAGCAGAUACAAGCCGACUCAAAUCCGAAUCAAUUGUUUAAAUGGAUUAAGGACAACGUGGACGUGACAUACCAUUCUGAUCCCGGCUUUAUCACUGCAUUGAUGACAGUUUUGCUGAAACACAUUACCCAAGAAAGUACUCUGGCCGACGGAAUCGAUGCAAUCACAAAUCCCGACAAAUCUGCUACCGAAAAAGAGAAACAACUACUGGAAAACUACCGGCCGGUUCUAAUCGCAUUCCUUCGCGGCAACUACAAUCUGCAAUUGGUGGCCCUGUUUGCCGUUCAAGUAUUCUGCUAUUCCGUUGACUUUCCGAAGGGUAUGCUAUUGCGCUGGUUCAAAGCACUGUACGAUUUGAGCGUCAUCGAAGAGGAAUCGUUUAUGCGAUGGAAAGAGGAUCUGACCGACAUUCAUCCCGGCAAAGGGGAAUCAUUGUUUCAAGUCAACAAAUAUCUCACUUGGAUGGAACAGGCCGAGUCAGAGGACGAUGAUGAUGAUGACGAAGAGGAGGCGAAGUAGAGAGAGAGAAAGAUCAUCGUAAAGGAAAUAAAGGUUUUUUUUUUAAUCGAAAGAAACCAAUUAAAUAAAGGAAAAGAAAUUAAAAAAAAGUAAAAAAAUGAUACCAGAACAUUGCAAAGAAAAGUAAACAGAAAAACAAGUAAAAUAAAUAGGAAAGAAUAAAGUAAAGUAAAAAAAAAAUAUGGAAAAGAUUCAGGGGUCGAGCAUGCUAGGAAAAUCGCACGAGAAAGAAACCAACAUAGUAAAAAUAUUCAAAGUAAAAGAUGCGUUUCAUUAUAAAAAUUCAAACAAAAAAAAUUAUUGCAAUUAUGAUUGUCGUAAACAUUUUAUGUGUGUUUUUAUUUGUAUCAAUUAACGAAUGACAAAUUUAGUAAAAUGAGAAAAAAAAAAAUAAUUAAAAAAAGCGUAAAAAAGUAACAAAAAAAAGUUUCAAAAUAAAAAUUUCAAAAAAAAAAUCUUCAAAAAAUAAUAAUUAAAAAAAAAUUAUCUUUGUGGCGCAUUAUUGAAUGUCCAAAACAUCUCUAGUUCAUGUUUGUUACGCCGGUAAAAUACCUUUCUAAAGCACAUUAAAAUACAUAAAACUAAAAAAAAAAAUAUUCAAAGUGUAAUUAUUAAACAAGUGAGUGUAACAGAAUGGAUAGGAAAAAAAAACUUUUUUUAUAAUAAAAUAAAAUAAAAACAAAUUGUUCUUGUCGUAUGGUAAGUUUUUUUUUAUCUAUACCAUAAAUGCUCAGACUGUGUGUGAUUCAGAGUAUAAAAUAGGGCCAUAAAUUGCUACGUAAAAUAUAUAAUUAUUCAUGUGUUCCAAGUCAUUACAACCAAAAACAAACAAACAAAAUGACUUAGACAAGUAAGAAGAGAUAGAGAAACCCUGUCUCCCCCCAUCCCUGAAAAUAUCUGAAUAUACAUCACAACAACAAUUUUUACCCGUUUUUUCUAUUCUCGAGUCGAUUAAUAACGUAAAUAAUAAAAUCACAAAAA